UUAGGAGAGGAAGAAUGGCGGAUUCGAGCAGCGCUGCAGCGGUCGGGGCCGCAGGCUCCAACAGCGCUGCUGCUGGAGCGGCUGGCACUGUUGCGCAUGAAGGAGCGCCCGGAGCUGCGGGACCGAAGACUGGGUCCGAGUCCGUGAAGGGCCAGAUUUUUGAUGUGGGCCCCCGCUACACGAACCUGUCUUACAUCGGGGAGGGGGCAUACGGAAUGGUGUGCUCCGCUCUGGACAACUUGACAAACCAGCGCGUAGCCAUCAAGAAAAUCAGCCCGUUUGAGCACCAGACGUACUGCCAGCGCACACUGAGGGAAAUCAAGAUCCUGCUGCGUUUCCACCAUGAGAAUAUCAUCGGCAUCAACGACAUUCUCAGGGCACGGCACAUUGACAACAUGAGGGAUGUCUACAUCGUGCAGACUCUGAUGGAAACUGACCUGUACAAGCUGCUGAAGAGCCAGAGGCUAAGCAACGACCACGUCUGCUAUUUCCUCUACCAGAUCCUGCGAGGCCUCAAGUACAUUCACUCCGCCAACGUGUUGCACCGUGACCUCAAGCCCUCCAACCUGCUCAUCAACACCACCUGCGACCUCAAGAUCUGUGACUUUGGCCUGGCACGGAUAGCCGACCCUGAGCACGACCACACAGGCUUCUUGACUGAAUAUGUGGCUACACGUUGGUACAGGGCUCCAGAAAUCAUGCUCAACUCAAAGGGCUACUCUAAGUCCAUUGACAUCUGGUCAGUGGGCUGCAUCCUGGCUGAGAUGUUGUCCAACAAGCCUAUCUUCCCUGGGAAACACUACUUGGACCAGCUCAACCACAUACUGGGUGUCCUUGGCUCUCCAUCUCAAGAAGAUCUGAACUGUAUCAUCAACAUGAAGGCAAGGAACUACUUGCAGUCUCUGCCUGACAAACCCAGGGUCCCAUGGGAAAAGCUUUUCUACAAGGCAGACUCGAAAGCCCUGGACCUGCUGGGCCGCAUGCUGACCUUUAACCCCAUCAAGCGCAUCAGCGUUGAGGAGGCCCUGGCUCAUCCUUACCUGGAACAGUACUACGAUCCCACAGAUGAGCCUGUAGCAGAGGAGCCCUUCACUUUCUCCAUGGAACUGGAUGACCUUCCCAAGGAGAAGCUGAAGGAACUGAUCUUCGAGGAGACGGCUCGUUUCCAGGAAAACUACCAGGGCUCCUGAGAUACAGUCCUAAGGAGUGACAAAGCCACAUGGAGGCUUGGAACAAGAAGACCCCAAACGACAUGCUAAAACAAAAGAAAAAUGCAUCUUCAAGAAACCAACAAAAGAUAAAAACAAGAAAUAUGAACAUUUAACUGCUUAUCUUUCCAUUUCUACUGCAAGAGAGCUAAGUUUAAAUUUGAUUUCUGUGGCUGGGUGGGGUGGUAGGGUCUGUCAUACUGUUUCGGUUUCGUCCAUGUUGAACUCCUCCCUCCUCUCGCCUCAUGUUUGGUUUCUUGUUUUUCGUCCCAUCUACAGUAACUCACUGCCCUUCUCCUCUCCCCAUUGAACCCUUUGUUCAUGUCGCUGAUUAGUCUGAGCUCUCCUGUGUCUCCUCUCUCAGUAGCCUCCUCUCAUAUAUACACAUACUACUGUAUUAACCAACACCAUAACUUUCUUGUCUUGAUCCAUGUAAAUCUCAACCUGGAAAAAUUGAGGGCUUAAAGCACGGGGAUGCUAAUCGGGUUUGUGUAUGUACAUACAAAAAUAUAAAAGCUUUUUUUUCUUUUUUAUGUGCUUGUCACGGUUUUCGUUUCUACACCAUUAUUUCAGUGUUUUGGGUUCGAUUCAGUCGUAUUUGUAUGUUUUUGAGGUUUAUAUUUGCUAGUCAUUUUUCAACUCUUUCUUUUGAGACAAGCUUUCAGUGUUUUUACUGGCAUGUUGGCAGGAUUUCUUUAUUGUCGCUCUUUUUUUUUUUCUAAAAAACAAAAAGUGUAUGAUGUUCAUAUGAAUGCAUGCAUUCCUGAAAUUUACCAAAGUGGCAGAGAUUCAAGGAACCUGGCUGGUGUGCAACAUAGGAAUACUAGUUUUUAAACAUUUCUUGACCUAACUCUUGGACCAAGAGCAGAGGAACUGUACUCUGUCUAUUUGUGAAAGAUCUGAUGUAUCCAGGAGGUGCUGCGUGAUUUGAACAAAUUGGAUAGAAGCAAAAACUACAAAAUAAUUUCUAAAAGUGCAUGCUUGAUAAGAUGUUGUGGCUGUGAUGUCAAAGCCCCAUUAUCUAGAACCUUCAUGGUGCUCUGUGCCACAUCAAAUCAGUGUGUUUUAUCUUUUUCUUACCACAGUGCUGCUCAGCUGCACCCACAUUAUCAUCACCACACUGUGGGAGUCGCACUUGAAAUUGAACAACCAACCUCAGUUAGUGUAAAUUAAAGUGUUUAUUUGUCAGAAUGUAGAAACACGACUCUGGUGUAACAUUACUGUAUCAUCUACAUUUGGCCUAUAACAUCGUUCUGUAUUGAGUUACGUUCCUGUAACAAAUACAAAGCAGCAGACUGGUGAAGCCCUCUGUUUAAAGUUCACUUUAAACCAGUUUUUAGUGAUGCUCAUUCUGGAAAAUGGGGGUUUGUUUGACAACCUUUCACAUCCCACAAUGCUAUUCUUUCUUCUGUCUGCUGCUGUUUGACUCAGGACAGCUCUUGCAUGGAGUCAAGCAUGUACGCAGCCAGAGGCCUCAGCUGGCAGCAAACAGAUUAAUGCAAUUUCCAACAGGUAUUUUUAGAAUUAUGAUCAUUUCGGCUUAAAGCGAGGAAAAAAAACAAAUUACGUCCCAGUAAGCCCAGCCCUGGUGCGAUCUCCUCAAAAUGGAAUGCACUUCCAUUAUUAUUAACCUUUGUGAUUUUCCUGCUGUGACAUGCCAGGAUGUCAGCUGUGAGAAAGAUCUGAUGAUGUGAAUGGAGUGCUGCUUGUAAAAGGCCUGGAUUUCUUGUUCUUUAAAUUUUAACGAGCAGCACUGUAGAAAACUGGAUAUAAUCAACAGAAAAAUCACAGGAAUGUACAGUUUUACCUGCUCAGUGCACAACUGUCAUCAGUCUGGUUGUACAGUGCACAUCAUGGUUUCCCUUUCUGCCUGUUUUCUAUCUGUGCUGCCGCUAUCCUUUUCGCUUGUAUGCGUUUUCUCACCUUCCUGUUAACAAACUGGGUGUGUAUUCUCAGAGAUGUCUUGUGCAUGUCUCUUAUUUCUGUCUGUUCAUUAUUCCUGUGUCUUUUUUCUGGAUCUGACUGUACUAACUGCUGCUUGGUGGAGCUCCAGUUCAGUCUGCACUAAUUAUUCUUUUUUUUGCCUGUUGUACUUGGAACGCCCCAAGAAAUGGACCAACACAUGCACCGGAUCGAUGCUGAUAGACCCAGAUCCAGAGCGCUCACUGGCCUCGCAGAUUCGUUGUAUGUCUCGCGCUCGAGUUGUUCUCUCAGAAGCCAUAGCCAGCACUCUGGAAUCGAUGUGAGGCUUUUUGGCGCAUGCGGCGAUCUUCAUCUUUUUCGUUCAACCUCCAGACUCUCACCAUGCUUUACUCAAAAGGGCUGCCUCCUCCUCCUCUUCGUCCUCCUCUUUCCUCCCCCGUCCUCCCACCUCUUUCUGCUUGUCCACAGCAGGACUGGUGAACACCUUCCAUUGACUUUUGCUGCCGCUUUCCCUCCUCAGAAAACCCUCACCUGGAUCAUGAACAGUCACACAAGCAGGAAACUUGCUCCAAUCACAUGACUCAAUCAGCACGUCUGCACUUUGUCUUUCCAGCCACGCGCCCCACCCCCUCCGUCUCUCCCUCCCAUGUUCGAGGUUGUUUUUGGUUGUAUUGGUUGGUCUUUCCUUUCCCCGUCUUAUAUCCUGCUUGUUGAGCUUUAAGUUUUCACGUGCUGCGUGUGUUAAGACUCAUGGAUGGUCUGCAGUAAUUUAUGUCUGUGUACAAGUGUUUGUGUAUCUGCUCAUCAGUAACAUAAAGCCAAGACUCUUCUCGUCAUGUCUGUGUGUUUGUUGUGGAACUGUUUCCUCGCCGCUUGGGCCCUCUCCUCUGCAGUUACCUGUGCUUUUACAUCUCAGAGAUGGUGGGUUUUUUUUUUUGUCUUUUAGACCAACACAAAAACUGUAACACAGAUAUUUUCACAUGGUCACCAAUUAACCAGGCCCUGCUAGCUUUUUUUUUUCCUCCAGACCAAACAUUUUACUGGGUAACCAUGGGAAUGAACCAAGAGGACCACGUUUUCCAAUCCUCCUGACACACACACUUCCUCUCUGACUUUGUGAGAAGUGUUUGUGAAAAGUUGCACUUAAACACACCAUCUACAUUCACACAGUAUCGACCAGUCUAAAGGCCUGUCCGUCAUGAAGGCCUGUUUCCAGAUAUUGUUGUUUUUAAAUGGCUGUUCUUAUUAUUGCUAUCGUUGAUAUUGGUGAGAUGUUGUAUUUUCUUUUUUCUUUUUUUUUUUUUUACAUAAAAGGGAGUUAAAGUUGUAUCAUUUUUUAAAAUUAGUAUGUUUUUAUUUGUAUUUUUUUCCUUAUUUCUUUUAUGGGCGUGAUUAUUAUUAUUGGCAGUGUUUUCGAUCUUUCUAAAACCUCUAUUUUUUUUUUCUUUGAUUUCCCCUACAGGACCUUAUGAGGAAUUAUUUUAAAAAAAGAUAUAAGUAGAUUGUCAGAGAUAUGAGUUAUUGAGGGUUAUAGUCUGUAUAUUCUAUGGGUAUUAUGAAUUAAACAAUUAACAAAAACAAAAUUAUAUACAUAUAAUUAAAUAAAAUUUCCUGAUACUGUUAAA